UGAAACGGAGGGAGCGGAGAGGUAUAGGCAUGCUGUGAUACGGCCCUAUAUAUUCGCCGGCAGGACUAUCUUCCUUUUAAAGACCACCUCCUCCUCGCGUUGGUUUCCACUCAGUGAUGUCGCGUAUUUGUGUGGCGCACCUGUAAAGAGCGAGACGGGCAGAAGCCGGCUUUUUUUAAUUAUUUGAUUCCUUUUAUUUCUUCUGUUCUUUUUUCUCCUUAUGUUCCAUGCAUUUGCUGAAAGGAAGUCAUUUCUGUGUUUUGAUUUAAUAAAUAUUUCAUUUCCUCAUUUUCUCUGGUUUGUGUUGGCUUUUAUGUUUCCAAGUUUGAACUAAGAGAGCGGAAUCCUUCAUUUUACACGCUAUUGGCCAGGUUUCAUUCAGAGAUUGUUUGCCAAAGGACGUCCCUAACUUUCAUUUAUAGAAACGACGGAAACUCCAAAACUAACAUGGCAGUCAGACUGUGCGAUGUGGCCUCUCUCCUCAGAAGUGGUUCGUGGGCGCCUGAGCCUUGGACUGGGCAGGUAAUUGCUGCUAUGGAAACACAGCUGUCCAAUGGGCCAACUUGCAACAACACAAGCAACGGUCCCUCUACAAUCUCCAACAACUGCUCCUCACCUGUAGAGUCAGGAAGCAUAGAGGACAGUAAAACUAACUUGAUAGUCAACUAUCUGCCGCAGAACAUGACUCAGGAGGAGCUGAAGAGUUUGUUUGGGAGCAUCGGAGAAAUUGAGUCCUGUAAACUAGUCCGGGACAAAAUAACAGGGCAGAGCCUUGGCUAUGGAUUUGUGAAUUACGUGGACCCGAAGGAUGCAGAAAAAGCCAUCAAUACUUUAAAUGGCUUGAGACUCCAGACCAAAACCAUCAAGGUUUCCUAUGCUCGUCCAAGUUCGGCCUCCAUCAGAGAUGCUAAUUUGUACGUUAGUGGCUUGCCAAAGACAAUGACUCAGAAAGAACUGGAGCAGCUCUUUUCUCAGUAUGGACGCAUCAUUACCUCACGCAUUCUGGUGGACCAGGUGACUGGUGUUUCCAGAGGGGUUGGCUUCAUCCGUUUUGACCGGCGAGUUGAGGCCGAGGAGGCCAUCAAGGGUCUGAACUGUCAGAAGCCGCCCGGUGCCACUGAACCCAUAACAGUCAAGUUUGCGAAUAACCCGAGCCAGAAGACGAGCCAGGCCCUGCUGUCCCAGCUGUAUCAGUCGCCCAAUCGAAGGUACCCAGGACCCCUCGCACAGCAGGCACAACGCUUCAGGUUGGACAAUCUGCUGAACAUGGCCUAUGGAGUCAAAAGCAGGUUCUCCCCGAUGGCCAUAGAUGGGGUGACCAGCUUGGCUGGCAUCAACAUCCCAGGGCACGCGGGCACUGGCUGGUGUAUCUUCGUCUACAACCUGGCUCCAGAUGCAGACGAGAGCAUCCUGUGGCAAAUGUUUGGGCCGUUUGGUGCCGUCACAAACGUCAAAGUUAUUCGCGACUUCAACACAAACAAGUGCAAAGGAUUUGGUUUUGUCACCAUGACAAACUACGACGAGGCGGCCGUGGCCAUCGCCAGCUUGAAUGGAUACCGCCUCGGGGACAGAGUGCUGCAGGUCUCAUUUAAAACCAACAAAACACACAAAGCCUAAAACCCACUGAGAUUGUUUCUAGAAAACUCAGCAGAAAAUGGAAAAAGAAAAUGGAAGCGUAUCGACCAUAACUUUCUACAUUAGUAAAAACAGCUUUGUAAGUGAGUGUUACGAAGAAAAACAAUAUUUAGCGUCCAACAAUGUGACACUUUUUCUUUCUUUCAUUGCUACGCUUUGAAUCUUAAUAUACUUUAAAAACAGGAAAAAAGUACUGCAGGUUUCUGCCUGUGAUGUUGACUUCUCUUGCUGUCCUUAAAGAUGGACCGUCUAAAACUUUACUAUAGGUUUUGUCAUUUUGUUGCACAUCUGCUUUGAAACAGUCUUGUAAGGUUAUGUGCCGUGAUUUUCUUUGUAUUUUUUUGUGUCCUGAUUUGCCUUAGGUGCGUUAUGCCUUCAGUGGUUAGCGAGUGCUUAUUUUGAUCUAUUUGCGGUUUUGUUGAUUUUGCAAGUAUUCCGUUUAUUGUAAUAUGAGUUGGUUAUCGGUUGGCUGCAUAAUGUCGCUUAUUGUAAACUUAACGGAUAAAAGACAAAAAAAAAUUCUUAAGCAGUACCUUGCCAAAGAGCUAAGAACCUCUUUGAUGUGGGUUUAAAAAGCAUCUAUUUUUAUAAAAAGAAAAAUUUGGAGAAACUUUUUACUGGACCUGGAACAAAAUAUUUUGACUUGGAUACUUUGAGAAAUAUCUUCAUAUGACACCUUGUGAGCUUUUGAACUUUACAAGAAAGUUUGCAGUGGUUGAAAUUUCUGGAGAGAUUUAUGAUGUAAAAGAUACAUUUUGAGAUCUUUGUAUUAUCUUUAGAGUAUAGAAUCAAUGGCAGUGCUGGUUUCAUCUGUAAAAUCAUCUUUGGGUCCCCCGUCAUUCUGGUUGUUACGACUAGCAACUCGCUUUCCGAUUUGAUUUGGAAACGGACAAAAAUACCAAGGUUUAUUCGCAAAAAAGUGCAUGCAAAAUUAUAAAGUGGAGAUGUCUUUCAAGGUAAAUGGGGGAUAAUAAUCAGUUCUUCCUAAAGGAUUCCCUUCAGAUGGAGCACAUGGUGUUUGUGGUGUACCUACGAUGUAUCAUUGGACUGAUUUUGUCUAAAUAUUGACCAAUAAGGGUUUUUACAUACUUUGUAUGAAAGGGUGAGGACAGCCAAUGAAGGCAGCAGCUUAAGAACGUCUGAAGAAUAGAUUGGAAUACUCCUGAGCCUUGAGCUAUGUAAAUAAGUCCUUUUUUAUGUUGAGUAUUUGGCAGACUUUUUUUUGUUCUCGUUUGGACUUCAUUGGAAAGUGUGAUAUUAAUAUAACGUUUUUUCUUUCAUGGAGUAUGAAAGGUAUUUUCAUUUUAGGAUAUUUACCUUUUUUUAAUUUCAGGGCUUUUUUUUCUUUGUUUUUUUUUUUGAAGAAAAAGUUUUCUGUUGUCCCAUGGACUAGCAUUACAGUGCGUCGAAUUUGUUGUUUGGUCUGUAGAUAGUCUUGCUUCGUAAAAAAGGUAUUAAGAAACUAUAGACAUUUGUUUUUGUUUUUUAUAUAUAAACAUUAUAGAUAUAUAUUUAUGUGGUAAAGAAUGGAUAUAAACCACGGUUUUGAACAAUUUGCUUUUUUCUUUUCUUUUCAUACUCAUAUAUAUAUAAAUAUACGUAAUGCAUAUAACCUGUCUUUAAAAUCGUAAAAAGGUGUAUAUUGCUUUAUUCACUUUGGGGGAAGGUCAGUGAAGCAGUUCCAUUAACGAAAAGCAAAAUUGGUUGCAGGAGUUUGUCGAAACAACAUCUAACUCAUCUUGAACAAACAGCGGCUGGUCAAGCCUUAGAUGCACUAAAUACUGCACCUGCAUCCUGCUUGUUAUUUAAACCAAUUACUAGUCAUGCUUCCCCUCAAAUGAGCAGUGUGCUAUGCAUUAUAUAAUUAUCUUUGCAACUGCUUUUUCUUGUUUAUCUAUUCCUUCUUUGUGUUAUUUGUAAAAGUUAAACUUUAAGUCUAGAUGAGUUGUGAUUCUUGCUGCUGUGGGGUUGAGACAUUUUUCAUGCCUGACCGAAUAUUGAUUUAAAAAAAAAAAAAAAGUUUCUUUUUGUAAUUUCUUCAUGAGGAUUUGGUCCUGACAAAUUGUGCCGAUGGUCCGACAUGAAAAAAUGUUGCCUCCCACCCCAAUUCUUAAUAUGAGAAUGAUUAUUUAUUUGAAGUUGUAUAGUCUGACUCGGUUCACAGCAUUUUUGGAAUAGAAUAUCUUUUUGUUGAGUAUUUAAAAGGAUGUACAUGUUAUUUACUUUGUGUUUGGAUACUUUGGAUUUUUCCAUGUUCAGUACAUCAAUAAAUAAGUUGAAGGGCAAUGCAUCCCAUCAUUCCUUCUUGUUUGCAAAAAAGUAUUGUGUACACCUUACAUUUCAAAUGUCACAUUCACCACUCUGUUGUCAAAUUUCAGUAAGUAAAACUGUUUUGUUCAAAGGUAUAAAUCUACUCAUGUGGUAGAAUGGUUCCAUGCUUUUGGAAAUAUGCAUUUAAUACCUUUACUGUCUCUACAGUAAAUAUGUUUCUUUAUCCUGGGAAAGCUCAGGAUAAAGAAACAUGGAGCCUUGUUCGAAUUACGUCUUUAUCUUAAACCUUGGCUUGAUGUUUUCUUGUCUUUACGCAAAGCUCUCAUGUCUGCGGCUUCACAUUCAACACAUGACUGCAUCCUGUCAAUUUACAAGAAUCAUUUCCAAAAUGACUCAACCACUCUUACACGAUCACUAUAUUUUAUUUGUCAACUUAAACUUUGAAACAAAUGCAUGAGAAAAUGCUCAAAGAAGAUAUUUUUUCUUGUUUUGCAUGGCAACAGAGCAUGUAAA